UGGGAAGUUUAUUAAAAAACCAGCUUAGACGCGCUUAAUGAUCACCUCCAGCUUGAAAACACGUGACUGAUGACCUUGCACCGCGUGGGUCCACAGCGUCGCUCAUCGGAACUCCGGCGUAUCCGUAAACAGCAGAAAGCGAGGUGUGUAAUAUGCAGAACUAAGCUGGAACGCAGUAAAUUGAGCUAAAAACCUGGGAAAAUAAACAAAAAUUAGCUGUGGAAAAUCCAAAUCCUAUGAAAAUGAAAGCGAUUUUUGCAUUUCUGUUACUAAUUUUAUCACGAGAGAUCCUUGCUUUUCCUACUGAAGGCAAUGCAGAGAAAGACAUGGUAGCCAAGGGAAAGAUAUCUUAUGCCAAAAGCUCUGCAGAUAUCCCAGCUAAGAUAAAUGUGGAAGAAGAAUCUACAGAGCUAACAGUUGAAGAUGUUACAGCUAUAUCAGAUUCUACAAAGGUAAAGACACCUGACGUUACAGAUAUCUCAGAUUCUGCGAAACGAAAAGCUGUUCUUGAUGAACACGUCACAAAUGCACCAGAAUCUUCACUUCAUGGCAGCUCUACAGAAAGUCCUGUUUCCCAGAAACCGUCUAAUAUCUCUGAAGGGACGAAGAGGAUUUUGGACAUUUUGAAGAAACGAGAGAAAGAGGACGGUUCGAACUUGCACAUCAAAAUCAUCAUUGGAGUGGUAGUAGUUUGCAUUCUCAUAUUAGCUUCCAUUUUCUUUGGCAUAAAAUGCCGCAAGAAAAGGGAAAGUCCUUUAAAGACGGAUCCUGAAGAAAGUGUGCCUUCUCUACAAAAGGACCAAAUGCAAAAUGAAAAUGGAAAUACAGCGCUAACGCAGAGUAGCGUCUGAAAGUAUACGGAGAGGAUUUCUAUAGUGGAAGUGUUUCGUAAUAAUUCAAGCUGCGGAGCUUACCUAAAUGCGAUUAAAUGAAAAAAUUGGUGUCACGCAUAGUUCGUUGUUAGCGAUUUCAUGUUUUCUCAUUUUUAAUACAUCUCAAAGAAACUGAUACUUAAUAUAUGAAGCUUAGGUAAUGGCCUGGAGUAGAUUCAACCUUUUCUGAAGAACAAUGCGCGAUAACUUUUCUAAAGGGCAACUGCUGAUAUAUCAACCUUGAAAAUUCAGAUGUGAUGCUUAACCUUUGAAGUUUUAAUUUAUAGAAAAGAAACUAGGAUUCACAUGAUUUAAAGCAAUGAAGAAAAUAUUAAUUUUGCAUGUUGUAACAUUUCGUUUUUAAACGCGAACUAUAUUUAGGUACAGCGAAAUAAAGAGUCAAGUGUUUUUAUCACCUAAAAGCAUUUUAGGUUGUCUGGAAUAAUCUGUUUUUGUAAUUUUUAGGACUAUUUCAAAUAAAUAAGCUGUUUUCGACCCUU